UCGAGAAACCAACCCCCAAACACAAUAUGGGUUGUGUGGCUGCACUUCUUGUAUUUUAUCUUUGUUUCACAUUUUCUGGACUACUUCAAGGCGAGACAUUGGAAGUGGUUUACAUCCCUGUCAGAAAUCCUCGGAAUAAUCCAGAAGCCGUAGAGACUACAUUGCCCAGAAAUCCCUAUCAUCCACUGGUACGAUUCCGAACUGUAGAAGUACGACCUGCUUACUUCUAUGUCUUGGAGAAAUCUCCAGGGAAUACCGAUGUCAAGCUGACAACAAGAGAAUUGGCAGACCUUCUGAGUUCUGUGUAUGAAGAAGAAUACCAUGAACCACCUCAAAAAGAAAAUAACAAUGUGAUCCGUUUUGGCUUAAUACGCUGAUUUUAAA